CGCGUUCCAAUUGUGCCAUCGCCUCCUUCCUUCUUCUUACCCUAGCUUCAGCUAGUUCUAAUACGUACAUCAUCACCGGUCGCCAACGACCCAACCGUACCAUCUAUCCCACCGCCUUCCACAAUGAAUUUAGUACCGUUGCAAGCCCUAGCUAAUUCAGUAGAAGCUAAGGAAGAGGACGUCCUUGAUGCCUCUGAUGAAGCGGUGGCUGCCGCCGCUGUGGUCCAAGAGAAACAGACUAUUACCGCUCCUGUAUCAACACAUCAUGUCAUAAGACAACGAUAUGAAGAGAAGCGUCAAACCCAUGUUGUCGUGGAGCGACCGAAGGCCACACCCUCGUUCGCCAUUAGCGGAGUUGAGGGAAGGUUGGGAGGAACAUGUCCCGACGUCAGUAAGCAAUUCACCUUGCCCAAUUUUGAUCGGGUUAAUUGGAAAUAUGGGAAAAGGCAGUUGGGAGAUGGAGGUAACCUCUACAUCGCGAGAAGCGGGAACUUGGUUCAUGGUCGCAUUGGGCCAUCCAUGGAAAGUUUGUCCGGUUAUAUGAUGUAUGAGGUUGAUCAUGAAAAUUCCAUCAGUCGCGUUACCAACGUAGAGAUGAUGGAGUGUGUUAAGAACACUAACGUGGCCCAAGCUGGAGGUCACGGGAAGGAAGAAAGAAUGCAUGUUGGGGAGUCCAGGUUAAACGCGGGGUUGAGGACAACAAGGUAUGGAUAUAAUUGCUUUGCUUGGUUUGUGGAAAGAGCCUCCUCCCAAGUGUACGUACCUGGUAUAAAUGAAUGGAUGCAGGGAAUAUUUGAUUCCACGCAGAGGAGGGAGGAAGAAGUGGGAGCUAGAGCUACUGGUGUAGUAUUCGUUCCCGUCCCUGAUCCUAACUGGAAACUACGCAAAUGAGGUUGGCGGAGGUGCGCAUCUACUUACUUCACUGGUGUCAGUACGUGGGAACGUUUCUACUACAUCAAUCCCGGUUGAAGUGGGUGUGGUUUUCCCGUGAACCUUGUGGACAAGGUUCUUUUAAGGGAGUAGGGAUGUUACGAGAUCGAGCCAUCGUAGCAUUUCAUUAAUUACUGGGCUUGCAUAUCUUUAGUAUUUUAUUAUUAGUUCGUAUUUGGUAUUAUUGGGUCUUUAUUAUUAUUGUCUUAAUUAGUGUUUUCCUUGUUUAAGUAGUAUUUGGUUAUUUGUUGGUAAUAUCCUUAGAGGUUUAGGAGUCAUAAUCUAGAUAGGUAAACGUAGAGGCUUUGUGCCUAUAAAUAUGUACUUGUUUC